AUGAAGCCAGCUGAUAUGAAAGAGAAAAUUCAAAAUGCUGAUUUUCGUGAAAAAUUGAAAGCAUAUUUAGAAGACAUCAUCAAAGAAAACUUAGAUGAAUUCAAAGACAAAUGUGUCUUCGAAAAUUCAGAUGUACCGAGACCAUGGAACACGCCACUGCGAUUAUCCCGAGAUAACAUAUAUGCUGCUUUAAGUACCAUCGAUCUGGCAGGUUUAAAACAAAAUAUAUAUGAAUCCGGUAAUAUUCAAUCAACACCGUUAAAGGAACAAUUUGCUUCAUCGCCAAAUAAAUUUUUACAAACGCCAACGCGUAAUCAACCAACAUCUGUUAUUAAUGCUUCACAAAACGAAUCAAAAUUAAUUCCAGCUUGCUUACCAACUCCAAAUCCAUCAUCGCCUAAUUUUGCAGCACGCUUUCGUGCACAUGUGGGCCGUGAUAAACAUUUACUUAAAGUUAUUAUUGAAGCUGAAGUCGACAAUGGUGCAAUCGAUCCUGUACUUUUGCCAGUAAAUCAUGAUGUUCAUGGCGAAUACAACAUGGAUGGCAGCGAUGACUUGCUUGAACUAUUAGGCAAUUUAGAUGAAUAUACAACUGUUGCAGUCAAUACCACAAGAAAGACAACAGAAAGUAAAUAUAUUGAAGAAACUAUCGAAGCAGUCGAGAACGUUGGACGAUUUAAUCAUACUAACAUGCAUUACCAAUCUUCGUCAGAUACAUCCAUUGGUCGUGCUAAUCGACAACUUAUACCGUUCCUUUGUGCAACACCUCAUCUUGUUCAACUUAAUACAAAAUGGUCAGAACAGCUGAAGAUCGAGAAAGAACGAGUUAGACGAAGUUUAAUUACAAGAAACUAUGACAAAGAUGAUGAUACAUUGGAUUUAUUUGCUGCAAGAGAUGCUGUUGUGACAGUGAUGAAUCCAAAUAAUUAUAGUACAAACAAUUUUGAAAACUAUGGUUCAAUUCUUUCAGUCCUCAAAGUCAUAAAUAACUUUCCUACUCAGACAAAUAUUAUUAAUGAAUUUACAUUAAACAGAGAACAACGAGCUGCAGUUAUGAUCAUAACAAGUCAUCUUGAUGGUGACAGCCGAUGUCGCACAGGUAUUUUUACAAUACACGCCAUUACAAAUCGAAAUAUACAAUCUGUUUAG